GGACGAAAUAUUUCCUAAUCACCUUCGUAUCUGUUGGCUAUAUAUACACCACCUCGUGAUGGUUAAUUUCUUCAUCUCUUCCUCAAUAUCUGUUUUUGUUGAUUUCUGCAAGUGUUCUCAAUCUUCUUCUUUGUUGAGUCAAUGGCGCCGCCCAAUCAACCCUGUGAACUCGUCUGCGACAAGACUCUCUCUGAUGACCUCACCGAUCUCUUCUCACUCAGCGAUGGAAAUCUCACCGUUAAUGGCGUCAAAUUGCUCUGUGAGGUCCCGGAAAAUGUCACGUUUACGAGCUUUAACUCAAUGAUCCAUGCUUCUAACGCGCCGCCGUCGCUAGUCAAGGAAGUCCUGUCUCGAUCCCACAAGGGCGGGUUCCUCGGUUUUUCCUCGCCGACGUCUUCCAACCGUCCGGCGAACUCUCUCGGGAGGUUCUCUGGCCGGAGGUUUCUCAGCAUCUUCCGGUUCAAGACGUGGUGGUCGACCAUGUGGGUCGGGAGCUGCGGUUCGGACCUGCAAAUGGAGACUCAAUGGGUGCUCUUCGAGGUCCCCGAGGUUGGCGCCUACGUCCUCCUCCUCCCCUUGCUCGAGGGUAACUUCCGGUCCGCCAUCUUUCCCGGCGACAGCGACCACGUCAUGCUCCACGGGGAGAGCGGCUCUUCCCGAGUGCGAACCGACUCCUUCAAAGCUCUGGCGUACGUCCAUGUCGGCAACAACCCCUUCACCUUGAUGCGGGAAGCCUACGCUGCUGCUAGGGUUCACCUCGGCACGUUCCGGCUGAGGGAGGAGAAGCCGCUCCCGCCCAUCGUCGACAAGUUCGGUUGGUGCACCUGGGACGCUUUCUACUUGACGGUGGAGCCGAUCGGGGUGUGGCACGGCGUCAAGGACUUCGCCGACAGCGGGAUUCCGCUGCGGUUCCUCCUGAUCGACGACGGGUGGCAGAGCAUCAACUUGGAUUGCGAAAACCCGAACCAGGACACCAAAAAUCUGGUCUUCUGCGGAGAGCAGAUGACCGCCAGGCUCUACACGUUCGACGAGGGAGAGGAGUUUCGCAAGUACAAGGGAGGCAGCCUCCUUGGCUCCGAAACUUUAUCGUACGAUAAGAGUAUGCCAAAGAAGGUCUUUUCCAAGGCGAAGGAGCUCAAAGAGGCAACGAUAACCGGCAACAAAGUUAAAGAACUCGAAUUGAAAAGAGAAAUCGGCGAAAUGCUCGAGCAGACAAGCAAACUUUUCGAGGAUCAGCCAGGGGACUUGGGCGAGAUGGGUGGAUUGGGUGGUUUGAUUAAGGAUUUGAAGGCAAAGUUCAAGGGACUCGAAGAUGUCUACGUCUGGCAAGCGCUCUGCGGAGCCUGGGGCGGGGUGCGGCCGGGAAGCACCCAACUGGACGCGAAGUUAGUGCCGGGUAAGCUCUCCCCUGGCUUAGCGGGAACCAUGGGCGACCUUGCCGUCGACAAGAUCCUCGAGGGCGGCAUCGGCCUCGUCAAUCCGGCGCAAGCUGGCGAGCUUUACGACUCCAUGCACUCGUACCUCGCCGGCGCCGGAGUCACCGGCGUCAAAGUGGAUGUCAUCCAUACUCUGGAGUACGUGAGCGAAGAAUACGGAGGCAGGGUUGAGCUCGCCAAAGCGUACUACGAUGGCUUGUCGAAGUCGAUAUCGAAGAACUUCAAUGGAACGGGGAUCAUCUCGAGUAUGCAGCAGUGCAAUGACUUUUUCUUCCUCGGAACUUGGCAAGUCAACAUGGGAAGAACGGGUGAUGAUUUCUGGUUCGAGGAUCCUAACGGAGAUCCCAUGGGCGUUUACUGGCUGCAAGGCGCGCACAUGAUCAACAACUCCUUCAACAGCCUGUGGAUGGGUCAGUUCAUGCAGCCCGACUGGGACAUGUUCCAGUCCGACCACGCCUGCGGCGAGUUCCACGCGGCGGCGCGCGCCAUCUGCGGCGGACCAGUCUACGUCAGCGACGCCGUCGGUUCUCAUGAUUUCGAUCUCAUCAGAAAGCUCGUAUUCAACGAUGGAACCAUACCCAAAUGCGUGCACUACGCUUUGCCGACCAGGGACUGCUUGUUUGCCAAUCCCCUGUUCGACGAAAAGACCGCCCUCAAGAUUUGGAACCUCAACAAGUUUGGUGGCGUGAUCGGAGCUUUCAAUUGCCAAGGCUGUGGAUGGAACCCCGAGGAGAAGAGGGUGAAAGGCUACUCUGGUUGCUAUAAGCCAAUUACAGGAACCGUUCAUGUGGCGGACGUGGAAUGGGAUCAAGUGGAGGCCUGCACUGAACUGGGUGAAGCAGAGGAGUACGCACUGUAUCAGCACAAGGCGGAGAAACUACUCCUCAUGGCUCUAAACUCCGACGUGAUCUGCUUCACCCUCCAACCUUCCUCCUUUGAGCUUUUCAGCUUUGCGCCGGUGAAGAAGGUUGGGACUGAUGUGGAGUUCGCUGCCAUUGGGCUGGUGAACAUGUUCAAUUGUGGUGGCACUUUGCUGGAGGUGGAAGUGGAUGCGGAUGCGGUUGCAGUGAAGGUGAUGGUGAAAGGGGGAGGCGAUCUGUUGAUGUAUUCCAGUAGGAAGCCAAGAGGUUGCUGCUUGAAUGGAGUUGGGGUUGGGUUUAAGUAUUAUGUGGAGGAUGGGAAGAUGAGGGUGGAGGUUCCAUGGGCGGAGCUGAGUGGCGGUGUCUCUGAACUAGUAGUUGAUUACUGAUUUCAAGAUAAUCUACCUCUAUCCAUGCCUAUUUCAAUAUGAUUCAAGUUAUAUUUAUCUUUUAAGUCAUAUGUACCGAUACCAAUGAUUUGAAAUAUGGAAUAAGAACGAC